AUGAAGCAAAUAGGUCCCACGGCGCCUAAUUCUUGAAAUCUGGAGUUGCAGCAUCUUUUCUCGAUCUGUGACUUGAAAAUAAGUGGAGACCUCUUUACCUCUCCAAGCUUCAUCUGCAAACUUCCAACCUCAACUUCUUUUCAGUUUGUCCUGCGACAGUUUUAGAAACGAGUUAAUUAAUCAGCUUUCAUGGAGCUGUCAUGGAAACUAUUUAAGGAUGCAGGCACUCAGUUUACUUUCAAGUUCAACUUGGACGCCAAGUGCUCGUCCGCCAAUAUGGCCAUCCAUCCGGUCCUUCUACUGAUCAUGUAGUCAUGUCGGGCAAUUCAUUAUGGUGCCGGGCUCGUGCCUGCUCAUUUACUUAAACAUUAAGUCUGGUCCGGCUCAUGUCCCGAGCCCAUAUUGUGUUGGGCCAAUAAAUAGGUCGCGCUUGUGUCACCCCAGUAUAAGGUUUCCAACUUAAUUUUGAAUGCCGAGACAUUAGAACCAGUAGCGGGAAGUGACAGUUAUCUGGUAAGAUAUAUGUUAAUUGGAGAGAAAGAGCUAAGAAAUGCACCUUCACAAUCUGAAACCAUAUUGAAGCUGCCAACCACGUAAACUAUUUAACUUCAAUCCUCAUCACGUUCCGAUCUGAUCUAUGUGGUUAUCUGCAUAUGUGGGCGUUUAGCAGAUUGGUUAGAAACCAAGUCCGACAGUGGAAGUCAUAGACAUUCUUCAUAGGGUAGUAAUUACCCUAAGCUCAAGCUGACCUAAACUACAUUGGAUUUGACCUCAAAGUCAAAGGAUGGGUACGAGAAAGUCUACCUGAAAUGGAAAGCAUCGAUUAUGGAGUCCACAACUUCAACUGAAGCGAUCAUAAUGAAAUGGAUCCAAGAGGUUCAAGAGCUGAAAGAGCUCUCAAAGAACAUUGUUGGUACCUUUAAAUGAGAAGCAGAAGCUCCCUAAGAGGCACUCAAGGAGCUAGCGCUGCAACAAAGCGUUUUAACAUAGACCUAAGAGGUCCCAGAGAUUGCAGCCCCCUAGAUGUCGAUCAAAGAGAAAGUUGUAUCCAAGAGGUCCUUCGAGUUCUACUAUAAGGUGCCUGAACAUUGAACCCAAGAGUUCUAUGAUACCCAAGAAGUAGCUAAAGAUUGGAACCUACAUGUCACUAAAGUGGUAUCGAAAAUUGGACCCAAGAGGUCUGAAGUUGCACCCAAAAGACUCAUGAACAGGUUCCACCCCAGAAGUGCCUAAAGAGCUUGGACCCAAGAGUCUCUGAAGUUGCACCCAUAAGAUGCAUGAAUUAACAAGUUCCAACCUGGAAGUGCCUGAAAAGCUUGGACCCAAGGGGUCCAAAGGCUGCACCCAAAAGUCCAAAUUUGCACCCAUGAGGUCACUAAAACAAAUAUACGAAAGUGAGAACCAAAGAUGUCCUUUGAGUGGGAGCCAAGAGGUCAAGCUCUAUGAAAGCUGGGUGCAAGAAGAUCAACUAUGCUGACCAGGCAAACUUUAGAAGAACAAGAAUUGAUCGAAGUACCCAACCUUGUUGUGGUACUUCUUCUAAUUAGUCCAAAAAGACGUUUGCCUCAAGGCAAGAAAAGAUCCUUGAAGUCCCGCAGAGACCUAAAUCUCAAUUUUACUUGGGGGUAACUUUCUCCACACUCCCAAGGGGUGUUACUUCACAAUCCAAGGAAAUUUGCUUCUCAAAGCAUAACAAAUAUGUAUACUUUUCUCCAGAUCCUGAUGGCAAGGAACUUUUCUUGCAAUCUGUUGGAAAGAUCUUCCCUCGCGUUGACAAAUUUCUUCCCUCGCGUCACACAAAUAAGGUGAUGAUGCUGGACGAUGGUCAUGGAUCCUUUGUGGUCAAUCAUGGAUAGAAGACAAGGAAUAAACUGUCGCUGUCGCCACGUACUUGGCUAUCGUGUUUUGAUGUUCUAGCAAAAUCCAGAUUUUUUUUACUUCAGAGGAACGCGGUAUUACGUAAUUAAGUAAACCCUACUGGCCACCACCGUGCGUGGCAAGUCUGGGUAUAAAGUGCAUUGUAGCAAGGAUUUCUCAUUUCCACUUUCUCGGUCUGAAGACAGCAUCAGUUGCAUCCAUAUCGGUGUUCUUGGUCUGGAGAGGAGACUACAACACCGGCUCACAGAAGGAUGAAUCACUCAAUUGGGUUGCCUUAUAACCCAAGCAAUGACUUGGAGACCGGUCUGAAGGAGGAUCAUGUUGAGCGCAUGAACCGGUGGACGCUAGCGAAACUAUAUCUGAAAGCAUUGCACCGAUUCCGUCACACACUAGUCCUGAAAAAGGCAGAAGAAAAGAAGCAGGCAGCAAGGAAACUACUUCGAGCACAUACCCAAGCCCUACGAGCUGCGGCUAUCUUCAAAGAAGUUGCAGAUCAAGUGAAAGGGUCUGGUGAUUAUUUUCCAAUUGAACCAGAUGAACUUGCUCGUUUGACGAGGAGUAGUGAUGUUGAUGCUCUGCAGCAAUAUGGGGGGAAGGAAGGCUUGGCAGAUUUAUUGAAAACAGAUUUAGACAAGGGAAUUGGUGGGGAUGAUUUACUAAAGCGGACAAUUAAAUUUGGAUCAAACAUAUAUCCUCCAAAAACAGCAAUGAGCCACUGGACAUGUCUUCGGGAAGCUCUGUACAAUUUUACUCGGAUCGUUUUGGUGAUUGCUUUUAUGGGUUCUGUUGUGAUGGGUAUUCUGGAAGAGACUAAAAAGCUGGGAUGGCACGAUGUGUUCAGCGUUGCUAUUGCAGCUGCCAUGUUCAUUCUUAUCACAGUCUUAUCUGAGUAUAUUCAAGCUCGUCAGUUCCAGCAUAUGAUUAUCAGGGAGGAAAUCAGAAACAUAAAAUUGAAGGUUAUUAGAGCUGGUCGACAAGUUGUGGUUUCUAAUUGUGAUAUUGUUGUUGGUGAUGUUCUACCUCUUAAGACUGGUGAUGAGGUCCCUGCUGAUGGCAUUUUAAUCCGUGGUCGCUCACUUGCAAUUGAUAAGAGUAGAGUCACUGGAGAGAGCAAGAUUUUUCACAAGGAUUCAAGGAACCCAUUUCUACGAUCUGGCUGGAAAGUAGAACAUGGCAGUGCUACUAUGCUGGUAACUGGGGUUGGGAAAUGUACUGAAUCAGGAAUUCUCAGGGCUAACACUUAUUCAAAAGACACCGAGAAUAAAACCCCCUUGCAGGUGCUUUUAAGGGAGGUUGCUACUUUCAUGGGUGCUGUUGGAUUCAUGGGUGCUGCCAUUGUUGCAUAUGUUGUUUGGUUCAGAGACUUCUUUACUGGUGAUAAUUCAAAUGGAAGUCCUGAACCUGGAAGUACACUUGAAGAAGUGAUUAGAAUUAGUACCAUUGCAGUUGCCAUUUUUGUCGUUGCAUUACCUGAAAUGCUUCCUUCAGCUUUCAACAUAAGCCGUCUCAGCACAAUGAAAAAGAUGAAGGCAGACAAUGCCUUGGUGCGGAGGCCAGCUGUAUGUGAAACCAUGGCCUUAUGCAGUGAUGCACUAUGUGACAAGACUGGAAUAACUUUGAACCAGAUGACUGUUUCUGAGGCCUAUGCUGGUGAGAAGAAAAUCAAUUUUGCUGACAGCACAAGCAACUUGUCUCCGAUACUAUCGUCCUUACUUGUUGAAGGAAUUGCUCAGAAUACGAGUGGCAGUCUAUCUGUGCUUGGGAGUGGUGAUGUUCAGGCUUCUGGAUCACCAAUUGAUAGGGCAAUUCUGCAUUGGGGAGUCAAGCUGGGAAUGAAUUUUGAUGAUAUAAUGUCUCAGUCUCCAGUUUUGCAAGUUUUGCCAUUCAGUUCCGAGAAAAAACGAGGUGGUGUUGCACUUGAUCUGACACAUGGUCGAGUUCAUGUACACUGGAAAGGGGCAGCUGAAGGAGUCUUGGCCUCAUGUACAAGAUACAUUGGGGCUAAUGAUCAGGUUUUACCAAUGGAUGAUGAGAAGUUAACAUUUUUUCAAAAAGCUAUCGAGGAUAUGGCUUCUGGAGGUUUGCAUUGCGUUGCUAUUGCAUAUAGAUCACUUGAAUUGGAAAAUGUUCUAAUCAAUAGUAAUGGACAACUAGCGCAGUGGGAACUACCUGAGGAUGACCUCAUUUUACUAGCUAUUGUUGGUAUGAAGGAUGAUAGUCAACCGGGGAUCAAGGACUCGGUGGAAAUAUUGCAAAGAGCUGGCAUUAAGGUACGCCUUGUUACGCAUGACAAUCCUCAAACUGCAAAAGCAAUUGCUAAGGAAUGUAGCAUACUUGCUUCUGAUGGGUCAGAUGUUACUGAGGAAAAUCUUAUUGAAGGAAAAGUGUUCCGAGAACUUUCUGAUAGUCAGAGAGAAGGAUUAGCAGAGAAGAUUUUGGUAAUGGCACGGUCUUCCCCCAAUGACAAGCUUUUACUUGUGCAAGCACUGCAGAAAAGAGGAAAGAUUGUUGCUGUCACUGGAUAUGUCAGUAAUGAUGCUCAUGCACUACAUGAGGCCGACAUUGGUCUUGCUAUGGGUAUUCAAAGGACUGAAGUUGUUAAAGAGAGUUCAGAUAUCAUAAUCUUGGAUGACAAUUUUGCUACAGUAGCCAAGUGUUUUAGAUGGGGACGAUCGAUGCAUGAAAAGGUUCUGAAAGUUAUGCAGCAGCAACUUACAGCCAAUAUUGUAGCAGUAACCAUAAACUGCAUGGCGGCAGUUUACUAUCGUUACAUCCCGCUCAAUGCUGUGCAGUUUGUGUGGGUGAAUCUUAUCAUAUUUGGUCUUGGACCACUAGCACUGGCUACUGAAUCUCCAGCUGAUCACCUGAUGAACGUACCCCCUAUUGACCGAGGACAAACUCUUAUAAAAUAUAUUCAGUGGAAGAGACUGUUGACACAGGUUCUGUACCAAAUUAUUGCCCUGCUUGUCAUCAAUUUUCAAGGAGGGAGUUUACUGCAAAAUUAUACCAGAGACCAUGCCACAAAAGUGAAGAAUACAAUGAUAUUCAACACAUUUGUUGUUUGUCAGAUUUCCAUUGAAUUUGGAGUUCGAAAGACUGGUAUAGUGGACCAUCCUUGGAAAUGGAUUACUGCUAACUCUGUGUUUCUGGGAAUAGUUGGAAUAAUUCUUUUGAUUCAGUUUAUCAUCAUUGAGUUUCUUGGAAAGGCGUUUUUCAUAGUCAGGCUUGACUGGAAAGAGUGGCAGUUUUCGCUGACCCUUGGCAUUGUCGAGUUGUUGUUUGCACUGCUUCUAUUUCUGAAGCACCUGGUACAAAGGAAUCAUAAUUAAGAUCCUAUGUCGGUGACGUUUAAGAUUUGAAGGUUCCAUACAUCUUCAUGAAACUUAUGUGCAGUGGAGUUGCAGUAAGUGAACUUGAAAGUUGUGUCACUGUGUAUGGUGUAUAUAAGAAAUGCCCUUCCCACUGAAAGCCCUACAUUAAUGUAAAUUAUGCUACUAUGCAACUGAUUUUAUUACAAUAUUGCCUUUACUUGUACAAGUAUGACUGCUAAAACUCUCCCCAAUAACCACCACACUUAAUUGUGCUUGUAUAUAUAUCUACAUCACACUUUUUUUCA